CGUUUUCAUGACGAUCAUGGCAGGCAUUGAUCAACGACGUGCGUUUGUUAUGUGGUGCUUGCCUAUGCUUUGCUCAUCGUUUUAACGUGCCCAUUUGUCAAUGUUGUGGCGAGUACUACUCCCAAACAGGCACAAGAGCGAACAACCGAAGUGCUCCAGCAGCUGUAACUGCGUUCGAGUGCUGUCAUUUUCUGCUCGUCAGACCACGCUCACAUGUGUCUGAGGUGCCGUCAUUUCGCGGUAAAUUACGCAAAAACAUACUUGUCAUUACUGCAGCGUGCGUUCGAAAACCACUGUAAUUUAAUUCAAGUUUGAUGUUCCAUGUAUGUAUGGUGCUACACUGUACGAAUUUCACUGAACCACUAAACGAAGCACAAACUGUGCUCCCUUCAGCGCCAUACAAAUGAAUACCUCAUAAGGCUGUGCCAACUGUGCUUCAAAUGCUUCAAACGUGCCUCGCAGUGUCAUACCGAAACACCUAUGAGUGAAACCGGUGAUUUCGUGAUUUCUGCCCCAAGUAUUGGGGAAGAAGAUAGUGACAUAAUCGAUGCGGAACUGGUGCUUCCAGCUCCCGAAUCUGAUUACGGAAGCGUACAGAGUGAAGACAAAAGACUGUAUGAAGUCGAAGAGACUGAGAAUAAUGCCAACGAAGACCUCGACGAAGGCGACUCGAAUCACGCGCGAAGUGACAAACGCGACGAACCUACGCGGGAAGGCGUCGCUGAGACUGCCGAUAGCAUCGAAGAUGAUCGGGACAUCGAAAAUACGCGGGGCUACUGCGAUGCGAAAAAAGACGACGAUGGGGAAGAACCCAGAAGGCCUUCAUGCGGCGGCACUUCCAGUGGUAAAUCUGAUCCAGAUACGGACAGUGUCUCCAGCAGCGUGAGCAAGCGAAAGCGGGGAGUGCCGAUCUUUUCUCCCGGAACUAGAGUCGAAGCUCAAGAUUUCCAAGAAAAAUGGUACCCAGCUAAAGUGGUGACAGUCGACGAAGAGGAUGGGGAUGUGCUCAUUCACUUUGAAGGCUGGAGCUCUCGUUACGAUGAGUGGGUCUCAAUGGAUAGCCCCCGACUUAGAUAUGCUCCGCAGCAGAGUACCCGCAAGAGGUUAAACCUAAAGUCCACUAAAAAGGUUGCUUAUAAGGAAGGUGAAGAGGUCUUGGCACGUUGGGCGGAUGGUAGGAAAUAUCCCGCUAAAAUAUUGGAAGUGAAUGCAGACGAGAGUUAUAUGGUGCUAUUUUAUGAUGGAUUUGAGAAGCGUGUCAAAGGCAUCAACAUCGAAAAAAUGCCACGAGACAAAAAGGGUAGCGUGACAUUUCCGAAAUUGCCGCAGAAAGACACUCCUACGAAGGAAGAAGCGAAAAAAACGAGCAAAGAACCACAGACGGAGCCCAAGAAGGCUCCAUCCUUGGUGGAUGUACAGAAGGCAGAUUCGAAAAAGGUCCACCCGCACCAGGAAAAAGGCAAUAGCAGCAUGAGAUCUAAAGAUCAGAAAUCUGGCCUCAAGCCUGACGGAACUGGCAAGAAAGCCGACAAACGAGAUGGAAGCGUGUCGUCUUCAUCUUCGUCGUCUUCGCACAGUAAAAAGAAGAUCCUCUUGGUCGGGGGAAAGUUCAUGGCCAAAAGGGAAGACAGUCAAGAGGUUCCCCUGAGUGUGAGGAAGAAGAGCGAAAAGAAAGAGGGCGUUAAAAGAAAGCGCGGGUUUAGUGCAAGCGACGGUGUCAACUUGAAGAGGGAAAGGAAAAGUUCCGUCACAAAGCGAGACAGUUCCGGACAGAGCUCUGCGUCUAGCUCAAUGCCCUCCACUCCAGCAGAAUACAGUUGCGGGUUCUCAGAUAAUUUUUCUCAUAAUGGAGAUUCGUCAGCUACUCCUCAGUUCACUCCCGAUGGAAGGCGAAUUGCUCCAAAAGAAUUCAUCAUUGAAGAGGAUCAUAAUCACUUCAAAUGCACCUUUGAAGGGUGUAACAAAAGCUUCAGAAAAGAGCCAUUACUCCAAUCACACCUGAAACACUACCACGGCAGUACCUCACCAGGCACGGCAACCACGCCGAGCAAGCGGCGCAGCACCGACAUGACCCUUGGCCAUGCUAGUAGUACCCCUCCGGAGAAGGUGCAGACCCAUGCUAGUACCCAGCUGCAGGCAAAAGAGGCAGUACAACAUCCCGCAGAAAAUGCUUCAAAACAGGAGGCCGACGUUACUGUGAAAAGUGAAAGCGUUUUGAGCAAUGCGGAAGGGAUUUCGGAGGAAGCAGCGGUUCAGAAUGUUACUGAAGAAAUGACUAGUGUUGCUGAACAUUUACUGCCUUCUUUGGAGCAAACUGCAGCAGCACCAGUGACAGAAUCUACUGGUGAUACUGUUACGGCUGUUGAACCAAUAGUCCUUGCAGAAACUAGCACUUCAGCAGCAGCAGCAGCAGUAGCAGAUGUUGUAGCUUGUCCUCCAGUGGACACAUUGGUGAGUGCACCACUACCACCUUCAGUUGGAACAGCCAGUACUCCAGUUGUGCAGAAAGCACCCCGUCGAAUGCGUUUCGUGCCUCAUUACGAAAGCUUGGCCAAAGGACGCGAGAAGCGCAAGAUUGCGAAGACCGAAAAGGCACUGAUUGCCGACAUGGAAGCUGCUGCCAGCCGCAGGGGGGCUCACGGAGAACGCAAGCGGAAGCGAACCUCCAGUACACGGAGUGACAAAUCUGAGGAUGGCCAGGUGAAGCAAACAACAAGCAAGGAAAGCCGAAAGUUAAAGCUAUCUGAAACGGGGACAUUCCCCUCAAAUGGAGAUGCAGCUGAAGCACAUUCUUCGCAUCCACCGCAUCACAGAGGGAAGCGGAAGCGGCACAGUUUACCUUCCGUUUCGGAGUCUCAGUCGUCACAUUGCAGUGUAAAAGAUCAUCCUGAGCCAGGCCAUAUGAAAACUAUAGACCCGGUGGAUAUCAGCAGCGACGAAAUCGUGCGCUGUAUCUGCAACUGCGAAGAAGAAAGCGGACUCAUGAUGCAGUGUGAGGUAUGCCUCACAUGGCAGCAUGGUGCCUGCUUCAGCAUUGAGGAAGAGAAGGAUGUGCCUGACAAGUAUGUCUGUUACUCCUGCCUCAACCCCAGAGCCAGGCGCUCACAAAGUGGAAAUGAAACCUCUUCCAUAGCAAAGAACAAGCAGCCCAAGAUGCAAGAGACCAAAGAAAGCUACUCAGGCGUACGAGAAAGCUUCCGUUACAAGCACGACCAGGAUUGGUUCACACGAGGCGAGAUGGCGACUUUUGCGUUCCUGAAGGAUAACGUCCUGCCAAACCCAAGGCCAGAGCCUGUCAAGGCCACACAUAAUCUUAUGGCGUCGAUGCACAAUGUGUUCUCAGCCCUGAGGGGUAUGACGCACAAGAUAAACAUUGCAAGUGCAGAGAACCAUCCAGACUUGAAACACUUUGCAUUGCCCUGGGGAGAGGGAGGUUACGCGAAAGGUAACGUCUGCGGGAAGCCCAGCGAGAUGACGGCUGGCGAGAUGACAGACUUUUCGAGGCCCGGUAGAGACAUCUUGGUGUCUCCCUUUGAUCACACCUAUUUCGGUCAACCGGAAUGCAGCAAUGGGGUUCAGGAAGCGCCUGACGUUGUGGUAACCAGCCUCGAGGAGCCUCCUGAAGAGAUUCUGGUGCAGGACGCGGACGGGUUAGAAGUAGGCUGUGUAGAAGAGGUCACUGAACCCAAGAGCGAAGGCAUGCUCGAGAUUGACGUCAUUGCCGGCGAAGAGGAAGUCGUCGCCGUCGCAGAUGAUGACGAGGAUGAUGAUGCCUCUACUUCGCAAGUGCUCGAAGUGCCAGGCAUGGAAGCAGGACCCAUACAGGAAGCAGUGCAGGAACACGUGGUGGUGCCUCCUCCCGCGGACAUUGGAAACAAAAUUGACCCCGAAGUGUGUAAAAAGAACCUGCUGAAUCACAUCUUCAGCAUGCAGGAUCAACUUGAUCUAAAGUUGACGUCCAUGGAGGAGAAGUUGCAAGCCUUGGAGAAUGAAAGCAAUGCUGGGAACAACAAUCAAAGCCUGAGUGAGGAAGAAGAGGUCCUUAAGCUACGCCUUUCUUUGAAAGGGCUGAUGAAAGAUCUAAACGCUGUGCAUCGGCUCAGCAUGUUUCACUGAACCGAUCACAAACAAUUGUUAGUACCACAGUCUCCAAUUGGAAUAUUGCAUAACCACCCAUGCCGAUAGACCAAGUGGCUCGCUAAUGAUGUAAAAAAAUGUAUAUUAGACCCUACAGACUCUAUUGGCAGCGUUACGCUGCACCACUGUUACAUGACUUGUAUCUGACGUACUCCUGUGUGGAAUUUCACUUUGCAGUGUUGUUGGUAUUGGGCUGUAACAAAAGUUUGAAGCAUCGGUUGGGUGGAAUAAUAUAUUUUGUUGGUACCUGUACACAAAUUUAUUCAACCACCGUAUACGUGCCAUUUCGUUCCACUACCUGUCAUCAACAGUGUGGCAGCUGCACGAUUCCAAGCUUGGCAUCUCUUGGGGUGAUGAACUGUUCUAGGUGGUGGUUUUCACUCACUUCCGGUGAAUUGAAGUUCCUCCCAUUAAGGGAAUUAAGUAGAGAAACGGGAUAUAUAUGCGGUAACCCAAACGUUCACCUGCAGUGAAGUAGGACAUCCCAGCUAAGCAGCACCAAUUCCUAUGCAAGGAGUCGCCUGGUCUAGCAUUGUCCAUACUGACUCAAAGACAGCGCCACUCUGAUUGGCCAAUCCACUUGGGAACAGUAACGUGUUUGAAUGUAACGUGUAGUUGGGCAGCUGGAACUAUAGCACUUCAAAACUUGUAUGUAGCAGGAACUUCAGAUGCAGAUCUGACAUUUGGAGCGUUCCGCAGUACUGACUUGUUUCGUUCUCCCUCAGGACCGUUUGCACACCGUGUUGCUGUAAAUGAUCCAUUUUUCGUUGCCCAUGACCGACCGUUUCAAAAGCGGUUCGAUGUCAUCGGGUUUGAGCAGAGAAUUGCACUAGAAAUGGGCUACGGACUCUUGUUACAACUCAGUAUGUUGCCGUCCUGUAUUGUGAUACAAGUCAUGGGGCGAGAUUUGGUUGUAGUGAGAAAGUAUGUGUUUGUACCCGUCAUUAUGCAAAAAGAAGUUGAGUGCACACAUAUGUUGAAUUAUUUAUUAGAUCAUGCUUUUAGAAAGAGAUUAUUUUGAGUUGUGUCACAUGUUUCUUUCACCACAGUUGUUGUGUAUCUGUAAGUGUGGUGUUUCAGUUUAGGUACUAGUAAUGGGCCACAUAUGAUCAGUUCUGAAGUGUUGAACUAAAUUUAGAGUUAGUUGAAGUGCAGUAUCAGACUAAUUUUAGGGACCCCAAGAAUUGGGACUCUUUCAACAAAGCACCUCUGCAAUCAAGCUCAUAUCAUCUUGAGUAUGUCCAGUAUUUUGGACCAUUGCUUUUAAAGGAAUAAUUCAAAUUGUCAUACAUGUUUGGGCUCGAAUGAAUUUUAGGAAAAAUUUGGAAUGUGUGAUAAUUUGAGCCAAUCUUAUGGCUCCUGGAGCUAAAAAAAAUCGGUCUCCAUCUCUGUCUGCCACAUGCAAUAUCUAUAAGCCUGUUGUAUAGCCUGGUGUCUUGCAGAAAUUUUCAACGUUGCGAGUUGGGAUGAGCUAUCACCUGAUGAUGGUGAUGGCAGGGUGGGUGAAGAGCAGGUUGUAAGGUGUUGUCCUGGCUUCACGUGUGUUGUGCCAAAUAACCUCACAUCAAUGUAGGUAUAUUCUGAGGGCAGUGCUAGCGAUACAAAUAAUGGAGCAGACUGACAAUUAAAUGACCACAUCACUUUCUAUGGAGCAAAAAUGAUUGGCUGCCCCUUCCUUUAUAAAAUGCAGAGGGCAUGGUGUGUAAUAUCGUGUGUUGCACAUAUCAGUUACAAAAUAUUACUCUUUUACAUGACUUCCGAAGGCGUCAGUUACAAUUAAAAACAAACGUGUAUAUGUAACUUACUGAAAUGUCUAAUUGCUUGCUGGCCCUUAAUUUUAAGGAGCUAUUGUAUGUAGGAAGUAUGCAUUCUUUUUUUUGCUGUAAGACUAUCGAAUGCAGCAAUGCUAUUCCAGACAGUAAGCAUUUUAUAAAUAAUUUGGCUAGUAGGGGUACUGCGAGAGCGCCCCGAACCUCAUGAGUCGUGUUGGGAUCCGGGAUGUCCUGAGUUCCGGUUGAUUUUAAUGUUCCAAAAUCCCGGGACUUUUUCAUAAUAAUUUUAGCACUUUGCGAUCUGUGGUGAAUACUGCAAACCUUUCAUGGGUGCUGUUGUGACACAGAACAGUGUAAGAAAUAAGACUUUAAUUUCUAGCAUGCAUGUUGAAUGUCAGUUCUUCAUCCCUACUUGUCUCUCAAGCAGUCUAAAAGCGUACACGUCUUGUCUCGUUCCUUACCAGGUGCCAGUAAGCAGGUUUCCACUGUUGACACCUGUGGCACGUGCCAGAGCCCCCUCCGUUACUUUCAUCAUUUGAGGGGUAUCGACGGUGGUGAACGUCAUUUUAUAGCACCACGCACAUGAACUACAGCGCAAAGAAGAAAAACAAAAGCGAGUGCUUUCGAAAACCAGCCUCUUCGUCAACAUUAAGCCGGAGGCAUUCACUUCAAGUUACUCUGCAAAUUUUGAAAUUUCAGAGAUUUAAUUUUGGAAGUCUAAUAUUGCUCCAUAUUCGGUGACAGUACGAGAUAAAUAGGCAGGUGCUAUGCGUGACAACUGAAUAAACAUAAAGCCUUUUAUUUGAGGAGAACAUAAAACGGGCCUUAUCAGUGUUUGUAUAGAAGGUGUCGCAUAUUAAAAACGAACGUUUUCACUAACACACGGUGACAGAGUGCCGAGGAGGGUAGUACACAAACGCUCUGGAUCCCGUCCCAGGAUUGGCUGUAAAAAAUCCCGAGAUCCCAGGACAGCAAAGGUGGCCUGGGAUUCCCAACCCAACUCAUGACAUUUGCCCCUAUGACGAAUAGGUAACAGACUCGCGACUUAGCAAAUGCGACUAGCAGAUAUAAUUUGAAGGCAGACAGCUUUUUUGUUACAUGGCAGAAUUACUAUUCUACUUUAGCUGCAAGCAUUUGUAAUAUAACGUGCCACAACUAGCUCACUUACAUGUGUGGCGAAAAAGGAAGACAAGAUGUGAGAGGAGUUACUGCACAUUUUAUUUAUAAAAACUUGAAUGAUUCAGGUCAAGCACUCAUCUAAGUCAAAUCAUGAUCAUCACUGUGAAAACUCAUUCGUGCACCCAUCUCAUUGUAGCAUAUCGUUUAAUAAACAUGUUCUAGCA